AUUUGUGACUGGGGUAAUCAAAAGGCGUCCAAGCUAAGGGACUUCGUGGUCCGGGAUGCUCAAAAGAAGGACAUCUCCCCAGUUGUGAAUUCCCGCAAACCUCCUGGCAGUCAGCGUGUCAGCUCACUCGCCCUCUUGUCCUUCAUGGCAACUCCAAUCCAGCAGGCUGGGCUACUGCUCUUUCUGCCUGUUGAACUUCUAAUUAAAAUCUGUUGCCGGCCAGAUCUUUCCAUUAACGACCUGAAAUGCGUUCGGCUAGCCAACCGAGCCUUUUACACCAACUCGACUUCCCUAAUAUUCCAUCGUGUCUUCAUUUCGAACUUGCGAAGGGACCUUGAGGCCUUCAAACAUAUCACGUCUACGCCUCACAUCGCUUCUGUUGUCAGAGAAGUUGUCUUCCUCGAAGUUCCUGAUUUCAUCACCUACGAACAUGAGCUUCAAUACAGCAGGACAGGCCUGGACGCAACACCCAACCAGUUCGCUUUAUGCCAUAAAAUCGCCGACAAUUUCUGCAAGCCUAACGAGCCAUACUUCGCGUCGAAUUAUCCUGACCGACACACCAGGCCCCUUAUAGAUGCGGUAUCAGUCUACCGCCAUCUGUUAGGGUCGAUGUCAAAACUCACCACGUUAGCCUCAGAGCCAAUCAGCACUACUCGAUUGCUAGUCUUUGGAGCCGAUAUCGAAGACCCAACCGAGACGAACCGAGAUGACUGUGAAGCUCUUAUUAAAGAUGCGACAGUGGACUAUACCUCGUUUCCUGUUGUUGGAUUCCGGGCCGUCUUCCCUCCCCUUCUUUCUUGCCCAAAGCUGGGGGUUUCAAGCCUAGUCUGCCGAGGGAUGGGCAUGAAGCUGUUUGAAGAGUACGGAACUGAGGGCCCACAAGCUCUCCUUCCCAGCCUUGCUCAUAAAGGCCAUAUGGGUGUGAAUAGUUUCGCGAGGCUCACAUCCCUCGACCUGGAUUUCACCUGGCUUAUACCUGGGGAUCUCUCCGAAUGCCUUGCUGCCGCCGCUGGGCUACGUCAAUUGCUCCUACGUGUGCAAAGGAUGCAAGGACCUGAGGCCCUCAGAAUUCAUGCUAGUCAAAAGGACAAGUUCCAUUUCAGAAAGCUGUUCUGUACAAAUUUUCCCUGGAACAGACUCGAGGACAUGCGGAUCACCAAUAUCCCAUUUUCCGAUGGAGAUCUAUCCGCUUUUGUAUUGCGUCAUCCAAACCUACGACAGAUGCAUGUAGACGACCAAUCCAUCGAUCUUUCUGAGACCGAGCACCGGAUGAAGUGUUUGUGGAGUGUAUAA